AUGUCUCCUCUGUGUCUUGCGCAGGAUAGUCCGCUCAUCCUUCAGUCGGACCGUAAUGUGACCGUCAAUGCCAGGAACGGUGAGGGACAGCUGACCGGACAGCUCACGAUCGGGUCAGAGAUGGUGGUUGCGCAGUGCCAGAGGUUUGAAGUGCGGAGCGCUGAUGGAGAGAGGGUGCUGUUCUCUGCCGACGAAGAGGAGAUCAGCAUCGGCACCGAGAAGCUCCGAGUCACAGGGAAUGAAGGAGUCGUGUUCAGUCAUUCUGUGGAGACGUCACAUGUACGAGCCGAGCCCUUCCAGGAUCUAAAACUGGAGUCCCCAACCCGAACCCUGACCCUGGAGGCACCCCGAGGAGUGGAGAUCAAUGCCGGUGUAGGGGACUUCACAGCGUCCUGCAGAAAAGACCUACUGCUGCAGUCCUCAGAUGGAGAGAUCCUCCUAGACGCCACCACAAUCAGACUGGGCAGUAUCCCCCUGGGCAGCGCUGUGGAUCCUCUUGAGGGGGCGCCAGCAGGAACCACCUACACCAAACAGACUGUGUACGAGCUCUGCUCUUGUGCUAACGGCAAACUCUACCUGUCCCCAGCGGAGAAAGGAUUGCCCAACCUGGAGCACACCGCGCGGCCCACUCCCCUGCGCGAUCCAGGGGCCCACAACUUCAACCCAGGCGCAGGUUGGAGCUCGCUGCCCGGACAGCUGGCCGAUCCUUUUCCCUAUCGAGCUGAACUCGACUUGCCUGUCCCGCAGCGGCGCAACUGCUCUCCAACUCCCACCAAAAAGGAGCACCGUGGACCAUCGCGCCUCAAGCCACCUCUGGGCUUCCCCGGGACCGAUCCCCGCCCCCUGCUCCCGUGUGUGGGAAAGACUGGAGUGUGUGUGCGCCCGCUCUCCGUGCGUGAGGAAGACUGA